AUGACCAAAAAUAACUUGAAGUGUCACCUUCGUUGGCUUGUCGACCGUGGUCAGCCGGACUUUUCCUCCCUGGAUGUGUUGACGCGAUCUGAUGUUGACGUCUCCAACCUCCAUGCUCAACCACAAACGAACGGGCAGCGUCAACCGCAUGCAAAGGAGCUACGGCAUACAGAAAAGAAGCACGAAACGACCAACACGACAUAUGAAUGUCCAGAACUAAAGUACGAUAAUGAUGGAGACUGUCUCUUGCAAGACGCGAAUAUGGCACGACUGAACCUCGCCUCUUCGGCCUCCAAGCCGCAGAUGCGUAGCAUUAAAAGUGAUGAUUCAGGGCCAAUAACCCCGAGUUUUAGUCACCGCAAGAUUGGGAGUGCGAAGCUCGGAGGCACAUACAGCUCUGCUCAAGUAGCACCAACAAACACGUCCUCGCCCACACGCAGGAAGCGGAAAACGCCGUCACGGCAACUUGGGCUUAUCCUUUCCUCGGACUACAAGUCUCCAUUUGACGAUAUUGAGUCCAUUGAUCUUACUGGUGAUGCGGAACAGAAUACUUCCUCUGCGACGGUCGAAGCCUUUGGCGAAUCACAAUCUCUGUGGCGAGAAGACUAUGCCAACCGUUCGGAAACUUUGCCCAGACAAGGCAAAAAAAGGAAAAGUGAUGAAUAUCAGUCGGAUCUUCUGGCGUCACCUAGAAGAAAUCCUCCUCGCUUGAUCGUCACAAACACACCAGAUAGAGAAGAGGCGUCGGACAUCGACACUGCACCGGUAUUACUGCCAAAUGAUACUAGCUACGCCAUAAGGUCUUCACCAAAACUCGCCCGUAAAUCACCUGUUCGCCCAGCCGUCUCAAGGAAGUCAACUAUUGCCGACUCAGAUGAUGAAGGACAUAUAAGCGAUUCUAACAUUUUUUCUUGGGAUUCUGAUGAUGGUGAUGCUAAUCAGCGGCCAGCUUUUGGCAGAGACUUGUAUCCAGUCGAAGAACCAACACCCUCGGGAUGCAGUCAUCGGCCUGUUGAACGCCCAAAUACUAAAACUACACGGCAAGAAAUUACAUUUCAGGCCUCCCCCCGGCGAAUAUCAUCAAGGAAGACCCGAGCUGUUGUUGAUACUGUAGCUCCAACACCCUUGUCUCAGACGUUAAAGGACCCUAAUGUUGAACAGUUCUUGUCAUUGAAACUCACAGUCGUUGACACCGCAAUCGAAAAGCUGAAUAAGGAGCAGGUUGCAAAUGCGGCUAUUGUGGUUCAACACGCUAUUGAAGGGGAGCUGCCGCCUCCCGAAAUUUUAGCACAAAGCAAGGCUCUACGCACAAAGAUUGGUGCUUUGGAAAAGAUCAAGUCAGAAAGAUGCCAGUACGAUGAGCAGCAGUCAAGGAAGGUCCAACUCAAGGACAUGAUGGUCAAAGCAGUUGCUGAUGGAGGCGACUUGUCAGGUCUGUCAGUCGAAAUCAAAGAGAGCCAAGCUAUUUUGAAGGAACUUCAAGAAAUUGAAUCGCGGUUGGCAGAUCUAUUGUCCGUCGUAGACAUGGAUCUCUCAAUUUUUACUCUCCCCCCUGAAUCUGGAAACUCGGCAACCACUGCAUUCCCUGCCACGCCUCAAACACUUUCACGGGCACCUGACCAGUCGCUUUCCCAGAGACUUCAGACCAACAUCCAAAAAUCACUGCCCUCCAAAACGAGUGGUUCCAGUUCGAGUGCAUCUUACAAGCGAGAUGUUCCAACGUAUCAUGAGGACAGUCCCUUUGCUGCUGGUGUGCGAUCACAUUCUCUCCUUGGUGCUAACGACGCAGAUGAUUUCGAUUUCGAUGAUGCAAUGGAUGACGACUUUUUUGAAGCAGAAAACAAUCUGUCUGCGGUGCAAUUUGAACCUCCAGUGACUCACUCGGAAACUCGCAAGGUGUUUGGCGAGACGUCUGGAAAUAUCGGUCGCCAACCGCCUUUGCAGAAGACUCCUGACUCAAGCUCUAUGAUGUCUUUCCCUUGGUCGAAGGAUAUUAAGACAGUGAUGAGAGAUCGGUUUCACUUGAAAGGCUUCCGGCCUAAUCAACUAGAAGCAAUUAAUGCGACACUUAGCGGCAAAGACGCAUUUGUUCUGAUGCCUACGGGAGGAGGGAAAUCCCUCUGUUAUCAAUUGCCAUCUGUGAUAUACAGUGGCAAAACCAAAGGGGUCACACUUGUGGUCUCGCCCUUGCUGAGCUUGAUGGAAGACCAAGUUGCACACCUGCAAAAGCUGAGAAUAAAAGCACAUUAUAUUAACGGAGAUGUAAGUGCUGAGCAUAAGAGAUGGGUUAUGUCGACACUCCAGAGUAGUCUUGCAGAGCGGGAACUUGAGCUACUCUAUGUCACACCAGAGAUGAUUAACAAGAAUCUGGCCUUGCGUGAUACUUUGAAGAAGCUUCAUGACAACGGGAAAUUUGCUCGUCUAGUCAUUGACGAAGCUCACUGUGUCAGUCAGUGGGGUCAUGACUUCCGUCCAGACUAUAAGGAACUUGGAGCCUUUCGUGCAGAUUUCCCUGGUGUUCCUGUGAUGGCACUGACUGCGACAGCAACUGAGAAUGUGAAGAUCGAUGUUAUCCAGAAUCUGAAAAUGACCGGUUGCGAUGUACUAUCGCAAAGUUUCAACAGGCCAAAUCUUACUUAUGACGUUUUGCCCAAGCGAGGAUCUGCACCGAACAUCAUUUCGCAGAUUGCAGAUAUCAUUGAUUCUUCAUACCGGGGAAAAGCAGGCAUAGUAUACUGUUUAUCCCGCAAAGAUUGUGAGAAAGUCGCGGAGCAGCUUUCAAAUGAAUAUAGAGUCAAAGCAACCCAUUACCAUGCGGGUAUGCCAUCAGAAGAUCGGACUUCCAUCCAACGUGACUGGCAAUCCGGCAAAUAUGAUGUAAUAGUCGCAACUAUCGCCUUUGGCAUGGGAAUUGACAAACCAGAUGUGCGUUUCGUCAUUCAUUAUACAAUCCCUAAGAGUUUGGAAGGCUAUUAUCAGGAAACUGGACGCGCAGGGCGAGAUGGUAAGCGCUCCGGAUGCUACCUGUUUUACAGCUACAAAGACACCGUCCAGCAAAAGCGAUUCAUUGAACAAGGAGAGGGUGACUACCAACAGAAGAAUCGUCAACGUCAAAUGUUACGAAACGUUGUACAGUUCUGCGAGAAUCAAAGUGAUUGUAGAAGGGUACAGAUUCUAGCUUACUUCAAUGAGUCUUUUCGCGCCAGUGACUGUCAUCGGACGUGUGAUAAUUGCAAAACAGAUGCAACCUUCGAGACCGUCGAUUUUUCAACUUAUGCGAAGAGGGCGGUUGAACUUGUCAGCGUAUUCACUGAGCGGAACGAGGAUGUGACUCUAUUGCACUGUAUUGAUAUAUUUGCCGGGUCUCCCAAAAAGAUGAAAGGAGACCAUUCUAAACUGCCACAGUUUGGCGCUGGCUCCCAAUUGGAACUUGGGGACAUCGAAAGGUUGUUUUACAAGUUGGUCGGUGAGAACGCUCUACGAGAGAUAUCCAAGACAAAAGCGGGGUUUACACACCGAUAUGUCCUCACGGGUCCUAAAGCCAGCCAGUUUCUUGCAGGAAAUCAAUCAUUCGAGAUGCAAGUUCGCGUAUCUGGUAGCAGUUCUCGUGGUACAAACCGUACUACUAGUGCGUCUGAAUCCAUGGAUUAUCCCCAAUCCACAAAUGUGCCUUCUCCUGUCCAGUCUUCACGUCGAAAAGCGGCGCCAAAAGCCAAGACGAAGCGUGGUGUUGCCCAUGGGCUUGAUGACGAGGAUGAUAGCGAUGGAUUUGGACCAGUUCGCAUAGCAGGUAAAUCGAAUCGACGCAAAAAGGCCGAAGUGGGACCUCCUAUCAUUCAGGAUAACCGGCUCGCUGAUUUGGAUGAUAUGCAACAAAUUGUGGUUGAAGACUUCGUGACAAACGCGAAGGAGCUCUGUCAGAAGAUAAUGAUGGAGAAGCACCUUCGUAGUCAGCCCUUUUCAGAUGCUAUACUGCGAGAAAUGGCGAUUGGUCUCCCUGAAGACACAAGGAAAAUGCGUGAGAUUCGUGAUAUUGACCCUGAGAAAGUCGAGCUCUUUGGGGCUCAGUUCUUGAAACUCAUUCGAAAUUCCAAACGACUACUUUUGGACAUGAGAGCAAACAACGAGGUCAUCCAUGACCCAAACCAUACGAAUGUCAUCAACCUCGACAGUGACGACGAAUACGGUAGCGAUGACGAUAUUUUCCUUUCUCUUUCACAGAUGGAACCAAGCAAUCAGAGCAUUACCAGCCAGUACUUUGAUACAUCUCUGGACAGCAUCAGAAGACCACCACUAGCUAGGGUGCCUAGCACUCAGCUGACCGAUCCGGAGGGUGUAUCUAGCACUGGUAGAAAGACAACGAGCAGAUCUUUUCCUGCGCCUCGCAGUCGAGCCCGCGGGGGCGCCAAACGUACUGGUAGCGGAUCUACUACUUCUACCAGUACCGGUGGAAAGAAGAGAACCGCAAGUGCUCCAAGACGAGCUUCUAACGCCGGUUCCCAGCGGUCAAGAAGGACUAGUGGAGGAGGAGCUCGAGGAGGUACAGCCUCAAGCAACAGGUACAACAAUAGUCGGCCGAAUACUACCAGAAAACGCAACACGACUACAACAGCGACCACAACUUCAUUGCCUCAAAUUGAUCUGAUGCCAACAUGA